AUGAUGUACAUUCUUGAGCAAUGUAAUACUCGCACAAUACCUUUAACAAGAGAGGGCAAGAGAGAAGUUAUGCACAUAUCUGUCAUGCAACUCUCAAAAGGUACGGAGAUGACCUACCCAUCAUCUUUUGUUACCGUGAAAGAAGAUGAGAAAACUGCGUCUAAAAAGAAGAUACCUCCAGAAGUUACAACUGUCCUAGAGAAAGGUCAUGAUGUAAUGUCCGCUGGAUUAUCAGAGAAACUCCACCAUAAGAGAGAGGUGGAUCACAUAAAAGAGUUAGUCAAAUGUACUAAACCAUCGGCGACGUUUCUUUAUCGCAUGAAACCUCCCAAAUUGGAGGAAUCGAAGAGGCAACCGGAGGAGUUUCUCUUCAAGAAAGAGAAGUGCGAAAUUUCAUUUGAGAGAGAGAAAUUAACCACCAUGCCUGAUCCAGCAACUCUGAUCAGUGGUUUGCUUUCAAAUUUGGUACCUCUCAUUAAGGAUCAAUUCAAGUUGAUUUAUGGUUUUGAUGAGGAGGUUGAAAAGCUAUUGGGCACGCUAUCUGCAAUUAAUGCCGCACUUGAGGAUGCUGAGAUAAAGAACGUGUGGAACAAGGACAGACAAACCGAAGAUUGGUUGCGGAAACUCAAACGUGUGGCAUAUGAGGUCCGAGACAUCAUGGAUGAGUGCACCUUUGAAGAUCUUCGUCUUCAAGUCAAAAGGCGUAAUGCCUCCUCUUCAACUCGGAUCCAGGUAACCAAUUGUAUCCCCCUUCCUUUUAGCAACACUUGGUCGCGUCGUGAAAUUGGUUACAAAAUUAAGGAUGUUCAAGGGAAACUAGAACAGUUUUAUUCAGAGCGCAAAAAUUUACAAUUGCGUGAACCUAUUCAUGACUCGAAAAUAAUAAACAAGUUUACUAGUAGUUGGCGUGAAACAAUGUCACUUUCUAGUAGUCCAGUACUAUAUGGGAGAGAUAAGGAGAAGAAAGAAAUUAUUGAUAUUCUACUCAAUAAUAAUACAUCUAGUACUGAUAGUGUUGCUACAGAACUAUUAUAUGUUCUGCCAAUUGUUGGGAUUGGAGGUCUUGGUAAAACAACACUUGCCCAAAUGGUCUACAAUGACCAUGAAGUUUCUAAGCAUUUUGAUCUCAAAUUCUGGGUUUGUGUUUCUGAUGAAUUUAAUAUUGAGUUGGUCAUCAAAGCCAUCAUAGGAGCAAAUAAUGAAACUUCCUUGGAGAUAUUGAAGGACUCGAUUCAAAAUAAAUUGAGAGGGAAAAGAUAUUUGAUUGUAUUGGAUGAUGUUUGGAAUGAAAACGUUUGUGCAUGGGAUCAGUUAAGAUCUAUAUUAGACUGUGGAGCAAAUGGUGCGUUCGUCCUUACCACGACACGUAAAAGAAGAGUGGCGGAAAUCAUGAAAACUAUUCCACAUUUUGAAUUACCGUCACUCACUGAUGAUGAUUGUUGGCUACUAUUCAAAAAACGUGCAUUUGAGGAUGGAAAACCAAAAGAUUCAAACUUCAUUAAUAUUGGCAAACAAAUAGCUAAUAAAUGUAAGGGUGUUCCUUUAAUUGCCAAGACAUUGGGAAGUCAACUGACGUUUUGUGAUGACGAAAAAGAAUGGCAAAGAAUAAAAGAUAGUGAGAUAUGGGAGAAUGAAGAAGAUCUCAUGCCUAUUCUAAGGUUGAGUUACUAUGACCUCUCUUAUCAAUUGAGAAUAUGCUUUGCGUUUUGUGCUAUAUUUCCCAAGGAUACUGAAAUUGAAAAGGAGAAAUUAAUUCAAUUGUGGAUGGCUCAUGGUUUAAUUCCUCCCGUUCAAAAGCAAGAAGUUGAAGAUGUUGGGAAUAGAAUUUGGAAGGAGUUGUGUUGGAGAUCCUUUUUUCAAGAUGAAAAAGAGAGGAAACAUUUGAAUGGCACAGUUUAUACAGUAUGUAUGAUGCACGAUCUUAUGCACGAUCUUUCGCAAUCUGUUAUGCAAGAUGAAUGUUAUACAUUGAAUGCUAAGAGAUCAAGUGAUGGUUUAGGACGUGAAGUUCGUCAUGUUACAAUAAUGGUUAAACAGUUAGACCCAAUAUCACUUUCUUCUCUUAAAGAAAUUGGAGGGUUGCAGUCAAUAAUGUUCAAUGGCACAUACUAUAAUAGAAAUGGCCGAAAAGAUAUUUUGAGUGUCUUGAAGGAACUUCUGCAUUUACGUGUCCUUAAACUAAGACACAAUGUGCAAUAUCAAGAUUUGAGUUAUGUGAGUCGUCUAAAACAUCUUAGAUAUUUAGACAUUUCGUAUAGUUGGAUAACAAUAUUGCCUAAUAGUAUUUGCGAUCUCUUCAACUUACAAACUCUGAUACUCAAUAAUUGUUCUGACCUUAAAAGUUUGCCUAAAAAUAUGAGUAACCUUAUUAACCUGAGGCAUCUUUAUUUGGAUGAUUGUUAUGCAUUAAAAUAUAUGCCUAGAGGGAUGGGGCAAUUGAAACAUCUCAAGACAUUAAGUUUGUUUGUGAUAGGCGAGAAAAAAGAUCAUUGUCAACUUGAUGAAAUAAGAGAAUUGGAUAUCGGAGGAUGUUUGAAAAUUGCGAACCUUGGAAGAGUUAGUGAUGCAUCUAUUGCAAGAGGGAUAAAUAUGGAUAAAAAGUGGAGUAUCACUACGUUGGAGUUAAAAUGGGGUUAUGAUGCUGAUGCUGAUGGACAUGAGAAAAUAUGUGAAGCUCUAGAGUUUUCAACUGAGAGGCUGAAGAUAUUGAAAAUGAUUGGUUACAAAGGUGUGAAUAUUCUCCCUAAAUGGGUGGGAAAGUCAUCUCCUUCUGUAACACGCCUUGAGCGAAUGGACAAUGAUAGUGAAAUGAUAGUACUAUUCCCUAAUCUAUGCAAGCUGUACAUAAAGGAUUGCCCAAAGCUAGGGGCCUUGCCAGUACCACAUCUCAAAGCACUCAAAGAUGUUAUAGUUGUUGGUGAAUGUUCGGAUGAGUUGUUAUAUAGCAUCUCAAAUCUUAGUGCUCUCACUCGUAUCUUUCUUGGUUUUAUGGUAGAAAGAAGUGUUUUAUUUGGAGCUGGUUAUAUGGACAAUAAUAAUAAUAAUGAAGCACAAUUAGGAGGAGGAGGAGUACGCUCAACUUUCCAAUCUCUUCAAUCUCUGUCUAUUAUUAGGUGCAAGAAGUUAAGGCGUUUGUUUGAUGAGGGAAUGAUAAUGGCAGCGAGAAGCAACAAAAGCACAAGACUAGUCACCAACCUCAUGAACUCUCUCACGGAAUUGGAAAUUCGUAAUUGUCCGGAGUUGAUGAUAUCAGUUGAGGAAUUUGGAAACCUCAAUUCACUACAGAGAUUGACUAUUGAGAAUUGUCCUAAGUUGGUAUUUUCAGAAGAUGUUAUGGCACUCCUACGUCUCCUUCGAGCAAGACUUGAUUACUUCCAUGUAGAUAUUGAAUUGGAAAAGGAAAAGGGAGAGCAUAGCAGAGCAUAG